AGCAGAAGUCUUGAGUUGUUCGUGCCUUUUGUUUGUGUUGUUUCUGCGAUUGAAUGAGUUUAGGGAUCAUGUACCCAAGGAAGAUGGCGCCAGGUAUGUCUAUGUAUUUCAGAUUGUGUGAAAUAGGAUACUGUAGAAAUCUAACACUCACAUCCCACAAUCUUAUAAACAAUCUUAUACCCAUUCAAAGCUCUGUACUUUCACUGACGUAGGUCUUAGGUUCAAUUCCCCCUUCCCCAAUAUCUGUUGUAUAAAAAAAAAUUAAAAUAAAAAAGACGUUUUGAGACGGGUUGUAUUUGAACCAGCAAAGUUAUUUUACAUUAAAAUCAAAUUUCACUCUUAUUAUUCAUUUCGAAAGGACCACAAUUUUGUCCUGUAUUUGGGGUAUGGUUUAUUCUAACUCUCCACCACACAAAAUUUGGCCAGAAAAAUAUGGCUAGACAGCCUAGACCUGUGAAAAUGUUCCUCCACGGAGCCAUAACCAUCCAUGGCGUUGCCAGCUGCUCUCAGUCUCAGUAUUGCAUCUCUCUCAUCAAUCUCAAGCCAUCCACACUCUCAUCUCCUCCCUUCUCAUCAAAUUAACUGCAGCUUCUCCUCUCCCUCUUCAUGUAUAUACAGCAAUCAUACUAGUCAUUCAAAGCCUUACAGAAGACUAACACCCUGCAGCCAGCACUUUUGUUUUCGUGUUUCGUAUCGAUUCUCUGCUGCUGCCGAAGGCGCGGACGACGACAGCGAAGAAGCAGAGGAUGGUAGCUUCGAUGAAGCUGUUGUCCUUUUCAACACAAGGGACUACUACAAGUGCCAUGACUUCCUUGAGUCACUUUGGAACAAUGCUGAGGAACCCACCAGAACUCUUAUUCAUGGCAUUCUACAAUGCGCUGUGGGAUUCCAUCAUCUAUUCAACCAGAAUCAUAAAGGAGCCAUGAUGGAGCUGGGAGAGGGACUUUGUAAGCUGAGAAAGAUGAAUUUCAAAAGUGGACCAUUUUAUCAGUUUGAGCAAGAAAUCUCUGCAGCUCUGGAUUUUAUUUAUCAAACACAGAUAGAGUUGGCUGCCUGUACAGAGGAUCUUUGUGUUACAAUGGAUCAAUCAGAGAGAUCAUACCAACUUCUAGGUGGGUAUGCUGCAGGUCAGCUACUAUAUACCCUGCAAAGUGACCCUAAUGAAACCAUGUAUAUUGUGUUUUCCCCUCACAGGUCUUAUGACAGUGAGCCACCAAAGGUGAAGCUUCCAACCCUCAAUGCAACCGCAGAACAUCUCGUGGCCUGUCAAUAUAAGUGAUUCUUGUUUUGAGACUACCUUUUAGGUUUUUGUACCUUGAUCAAUUGAAUUGAGUAUGAUGCAAAAGGGAAACCAAAGAUUGGUCUCACGAAUGUUCACUUUCCAACCAAUGUGCUAAAACCGGCUGAUUUAAUCCAAUCCUAUCCAAUUCAAUUUGAUUGAUUUCAA